GGCGCGUCGUGAGGGGCGGCGGGGAAGGGGAGCCGAGGGCCCCCCCCCGCCGCCAGGCCGCAGGGGACGCCGGGAGAGGUGGGGGGGGGACGCGGGGCCCUCCGGCCUACCUGGCCUUGACGCGCCUCGCCUCGCCGGGCGGAGCUUCCGGGCCGGGAUGGAGGAAGAGGCGGCGCCGCGGGAGCGCGGCCCCUUUGGCAACAGAGAAGAUAGCAGAUAACAGCGUGCCAUUGGCUGAGGCCUCGUAUCCAGCACCUUCCCUGUUGCCCACCUCUGGAACGAUGCUUCUGACUUCCUGGUUCUCUGCAGCCUGGGCUGGCCGCAGUACGGCCUCAGUGGUCUGAGAAAUGCUCCCUCCGACCUGAUGUCUUCCUCCGUUAAGGGCUAGAUCAAGGGACCUGGCAGCCUUUGACACGCAAAGCUCUGAUCCAUGGUCAAGAGGAUGUCUUCCUCCCUGACCAGCCGGUCUGUGGCCACCCACGUGCUUGUGGCCCUCUUUGGGAUGGGCUCCUGGGUCUCCAUUAACUCUCUGUGGGUGGAGCUUCCAGUGGUGGUGAAGAGGCUUCCAGAAGGCUGGAACCUCCCUGCCUACCUGUCGGUCCUCAUUGCCCUGGGGAACGUGGGCCCUGUGGGCGUGACCUUGACUCACCACUUGGCCCCCGGGCGGCUGCAGGAGCGCUGGCUGAUCCAGGCCAUCCAGGUCUUGGCGGUGGGGGCGGCGCUCUUCCUGGCACUCUUCUGGCACCGGACCACAGCCGUCGCCGGCGAGCAGCACAGCCUGGCGUUCCUGGUGCUGACUUUCCUGCUGGCCUUGACGUGCUGCACCUCCAACGUCUCCUUCUUGCCUUUCAUGUACCGGUUCCCGCCGCUGUUUGUGCGCACCUUCUUCAUCGGGCAGGGGCUGAGCGCCCUCCUGCCCUGCGUGCUUGCCCUGGGACAAGGCGUGGGGCAGCUGGAGUGCCAGAACGGCACACACGGCAAUGCCUCGCAGCCGCAUUACCUGGACGAGAACUUCUCAGCCACCACCUUCUUCUGGCUGCUCCUUGGCCUGCUGACCAUCUCGGCACUGGCCUUUGCGGCUCUGCUGGCCUGGCACCAAGAGGGAGACGUCCCUGCGGAGAAGAGCUCCUCCCAGGAAAGCGUGGCGUCGGAGGAAUCCUUCCCGUUGCAGACAGACGGCUCCCCCGCCUCUGAGAGCGCCACAGAGAGUCCCAGGCCAGAAGCCUCUGCUAAGCCGCCAGCCGCCGCCUUCUGGACGUGGAGAAACAUCUACUUGCUGGUGCUGCUGGGGGUCUGCAGCGCCCUGACCAACGGGGUCCUGCCUUCAGUGCAGAGCUACUCGUGCCUGCCUUAUGGGGACAUGGCCUACCACCUGUCCGUGGUGCUCAGCAACAUCGCCAACCCCGUGGCCUGCUUUGUGGCCAUGUUCCUGCUGUGCAGGUCAUCCCUGGGUCUGGGCCUCCUCUCUGCUCUGGGGUGUGUGUUCGGAACCUACCUGAUGGUCUUGGCGGCCUUCAGCCCCUGCCCACCGUUGGUGGGCAGCCCCAGAGGAGUGGCACUGGUGGUGAUCUCUUGGGUCCUCUUCAUGGGCCUCUUCUCCUACCUGAAAGUGGUGAUCGGCAGCCUGCUGCACGAGGCAGGCCAUGCGGCCCUGGUCUGGUGUGGCACCAUCAUCCAGGUGGGCUCGCUGGUGGGAGCCCUCAUCAUGUUCCCCCUCACCAGCAUCUACCACCUCUUCCGCAGUGGGAUGGACUGCGUGGACAGCUGCAGGAUGUGAGCAAGGAAGAGACCGGUUGCGAUGGGACCAAGCCCGCCUUCUGGGACUAGGAUUUGACUUCCCUCCAGAUCCUGGUGGGGGAAAAGCCAGGCUGCAGAAUUGCCUUUCUCCCGUGGUGGCCACGUGAUCCGCUUAGCACUUAGGGUCCAUAGCUGCACUUCUUGCUGUCUGUGGGGUUUCUCUGGCCACCUCCUGGCUGUGCUGAGGCCUCCAGGCAUCCCCUCCUGCUCUUGCCUGUAUGGCGAGCAUCACAAAUGCUCUUUAUUUUCCAUGUGUGGGAAAAGCUUUGCCUUUGUUCCAAAGGAGUAUGUCCUUUCUGCCCCCCCCCCCGACAAGCACUUUCUCCUUGCCUCCAGAGUAAUCCUCUCUCCUCUCUCUGCUCAGCCUGUCUGCAAUGGAGGGUUUUCCUCCACCUCCCGCCCCCCAACUUCCCAAUCGCUUGGAAAAUUCACAUUCCAGCCAUGGCCACCCUGUACCAGUGAGUGGCUAAAUGCUCUUCCAGGCAAGCCUGUGCUCUCUCAGCUGGGCAGCCCCGCCUGCCCGCCCCCUUCCUUGGGAGAGUGAGCACGCACACUGCCCCAGCAGCAGCCUUCCUCCCGUUUCAGAAUCCUACUACUGCCACAAGCCUCCAAGUGAGUAGGGAGGGGUCACUCCGAGGAGCAGGGCAAGCCGCAGCCUCCUUCGGUGAGAGGCUGUUUUGCCCCGUCCCUAUGUGGGAGGGAUGCUCUGUCCAGAAAGAACGCCACUGCGUAAAGCCUUGGGACCAGGGCUGCUGCGCCUGUGCUGUCCUCAGUGCUUUCCUGUCCCUCGCCCUUCCUUUUGCCGGCUGAGUAUGCAGGUCGCUUGGAUUUCUGUGCUGGCAGCGAUGCUUUGGGGUUUCCAAGGGGAUGCAGGCAAGCGCUGGGGCUGGGGCUGUAUCCAGCAGCUGGGCUCAGGGUGUGCUGGAGGGGCCUUUUGUCGAGAAUACAUUUUUCUACUUCA